CACUGCCUACACGACCGUGCUUUCCUCUCUCCAUUAUUUCACCUUCUAUAUUAAGAGUUUCCUUUCUCCAUUUCUUCUCUGCCCCGCUGCGGCUCUAGUCUUUUCUCUUCUCUUCGCAACAAAGUCAAAAAAUACAAAAACAUAAAUUAACGGUUUAAAUCACAAUCGAAAAUAUGUUCGGCGUCGUCUUCCCGAACCGUAGCUUCCCAAUGGACAUUUCCUCCUUCUCCCAAAUCGACACCUUCCACUGGAUCCUCGACAUGAAGACCUUCGUUGGGGAGGCCUACGAUCAGGUCCGCGAAAUGUGUAUCUUCCUCUUAAACAACUUCACCCUCCCACCGGACAAAGCCCUAGCCGUCUACAUCCAGUCCCCCGGCUCGUCCUUCUUCUUCUGCGGCGCCGUCACCGUGGCUCGUCCGUCGGCUGUGCUCUCCUUGCCGUGGCCGGCGCCGGGCGGCGAGCUUCAGCUCACUGCCGACGCGGUGCCGCUGUCGGCCAAAAUCGGUGUGUCGGUGGAGGACCUGGCGUCGCUGCCGUCGCUCGACGUCACCGCCGAGAAGCGAAUAGAGCGAUUGGCGAUGAAGGUUGGGGAGAAUCUGUUCAAUUUCAUGCAGUCGUUUUGUGGUGUGGAUGGGUCUAAGCUGGUGGUGCCUAUGGAUAUUUUGGAUCGGUGGUUCAACAAGUUUCAGGAGAGAGCUAAGCGCGACCCUGAGUACCUGAAAGGCUUCGCUUUGUAGUUUUGUAAGCUCUGCUCUGUACUUUUCUCUGUAUUGUUUGGUUAAACGAAGUUGAAUUUUAAAUUUGUAACGUGUUUUAUGAAAAUUGUGAGUUGAUUUUGGUAC